AUGAACAACAACAACGUGACGGUCACCAUCAGUCGAGCCGUGCGGGAUGUCUCGGAAGUUGUCGGCGUCUGCGAAGUAGUCGGCAAUGCGACGAGCGGCAACAACACCUUGACAUCGGUCGUCUUCGAGCCGGCCUUCUGCGGUCUGUACGGGGCCGCACCGUCACUGGCGCCCGCGCUGAUUCUGCUGCUGGUCUGCUUCCUUCUGCUGGCGGUGUUUGGCAACGGGUGCUUAGAACCAGGCAACUACUUCCUGGUCGCCAUGGCAAUCACCGACACGGCAUUAGCGUUGGCGUACAACCCCAUCGCUAUCUCCAGUUUAGCGCACGGUAGGUACCCGACCGGGCCCUGGUGCAGAAUCCAGGCCUUCUUCAUCAUCUUCCUCUCCGUCCUGUCCCUCCACUCGCUCCUCUGCGUGUGGCUGUGUCGCUACGUGCACAUCGCCUACCCGCUCAGCUACAGGAAAGUGCUGACGCGCCGCCGGAUGGUGCACGCCAUGUGCCUGUGUGUGUUAGUCGCAGCAGCUCCGGCAGCUCUCGGAGUGUCCCCCGUCCACGCCUUCACCCUUGGAGCUGUUGAGGAGGUUCUCCAGAGCUUUGAGCAACCACAGACCCUGAUCACGCCGUGUUUGGCCGGCCCAGAAGGAACGAUCCUUUCCGUGAGCGUCAACCUCGCCGCCAUGCUGGCCAUCGUGUGCCUGGUCACGCUCAUCUGCUACGAGACCAGGCGCAGCCAGACGAAGCACGACCAGAAACUGACGUGGAACGCCCAGGCAGAGGACCGGGAGUCGAAGAUGCAGGCGGUCUACACGCUGCUCAUCGUCGUGCUGGUGAACUGGAUUACCUGGCUGCCGGCGUUCGUGGUGACGAUCUUGCUGAAGUUCGGAGCGGUGUCUCUGGCCGCAGCGUCGCCCUGGAUAGACGUCGCCACCAUCAUUCUGCAGAGCGCAACGUUCUCGGACUCACUCGUCUACGCGUUCCGCUACCACAUCUACCGCAGGGCACUGAAGAAAAUGUACCGAGAAAUUCAGAACAUUUUUACAGACGCCUAG